AUGGGAAAAGGGUGUGUAGUAUCCCUAGUCAUACUUUCAAUUUUCAUAGCAAUAGCAGGGACAUUAGUUGUCCUAGGAUUCACAGUGUACAAACCACAAGAGCCCAAAAUCCACGUGGACAACAUCAACUUGGACAACAUGAAGUUUGCCUUCAACGUAUUCCAAAUAAAGUUUGACUUCAACGUGACGUUGACCGCUGACGUCACCGUACAAAACCCUAACAAGAUUGGAUUCAAGAUUUCAGACACAAGUGCCACUCUCAACUAUAGAGGUGUUAAGGUUGGAGAAGCACCUAUUCCAUCUCAAGAGAUAGCACCAAAAGAGACAAAGAAAUUCAACGUAACCCUAACUGUCAUGACAGCAGCUUUGUUGUCUCAUCCUAUGAUAUUCAACGAUGUCACAAAGAACCAAUUGCCACUCACGGUUGUGUUGGAUAUUCCUGGUCAAGUUGAGAUCUUGGGCAUCAUCAAGGUCAACGUUCAUGUUCAAACUUAUUGUGAUAUUCUCAUCGAUAUUCUCCAGAAAAGACUCGCCAGCCAAAGAUGCAAAUCCACCGCCAAUAUAUGA